UUUUAUAUUUUCAAAAAUGUUGCCAAACUAUCACCUAUUGGUCCAAAUGUUUGGCGCCAAGAAAUGGCGGUUUGUUUGCACUCAAUGAAUGGGUCAAUGAAUUUGUAGAUCACUUUGGGAAGUGAUAAUCGCAUCAAUGACUUCAUGAACUGUAUGUUAGUACAAAAAAAGUGAUAGAUUUUCGUGUCAAUGAUGGAUACGCCGACCAAACGAAAGUUAUCACCAAUUAGUCCACAGUUUAUGAAACCGUCGGAUCUGUUUCGCAAACGAAAGGAACGAAAGACGUCUAAAGUCUCGCCAUCGAAGAUAUCGCCGUCAAAGACAUUAUAUUCACCGCUCAAAUGUUUACAAAAUUAUGACAACUGUUCAAACAUAGUGUCUCCGCAAAAGACAUUUUCACCAUUCCGUCAGAAACGGACUCCGAAACGAAAUCAAAUUAGAAACUCUUUUCCAAUCGUCAAGAAGUUGUCGUCGACGCCGCCGAAAGGCAAACGAAAACUUAACUUUCAGACAAUUAGCGACAAAAAUGUAUUGAAUUUCGAUGAAAAUGCUAACAUAGAAUCGGCCAACUGUUCGGCGAAUUUUCCGCUAAAUCGUGACUCAAAGCAGGAUCUCAUUGAUUGGACACUUAAGACAAGAUUGCGUUUUGUGUCGGACAAAGCGUUUGCAUUUCGAGGUAGUUUUCGGGCUACUGAAGAAUCUGCCGGAAUCAGCGGUUUUGUUCGAUGUUUGACCAGUAAAGCCAACAUUGAUACGGAUUCUCUUAGCAAUCAGUCCAAUCAAGACUCWAUGGACACUAGUUUUGCUUCACAAUUGCACAAACAAUGUCUUAUUUGGUCUCAUCCAUCACUUCCAUGGCUUACAUUAUUUCCUCGCAAUGAGAGUCAUAUGAAACCAGGAGCUCCCUUAUCAUCAAAGGCGCCAACAUUUUCUAUAAUCCCGAACACACCGCUUGCCGACGCUCUGCACACAGAUUGGUGCAAAAGUCUUAAAUCAUUAUAUCAAUUGUUAAAAGCCAAACACUGUCCAUAUUUCUAUGUCUGUGCCAACACAUUUACUAUACUGUUUCGCGCGUCCGGAGUGGCCGACUCGGACGACAUUCACGUGUUUGUAACGCCAACGAGUACCGGCUUCAGGAAAUUAUUGACCGACGAAGGCAUAAACUUUUCGUUGCCAUUUUGUGAUAAUAAAAAUACGACAAACUCUGAAGAUAAUACUACUUCAGGUUACCAUAGUAUUAAUAUACCACCUAUUUUGUCAUCAAAUGACCAGAAAAACAUAGCCGAUAAUUGUGAUGUCGGCGAUGAUAAUGAAGAGUCGCCGCACGUUUGGUUAGAAAGUUUAGGACUGAGUCAACAAGAUUUUCCUUCACUUCAAUCUAAACGAAAGAAUCGAAGUACAGAUAAUGCUGUUUCUAAAGUCAAGUCAUUAGUUUUAAUCAAAGGAAUGGCAAACACUCAGCUAUUUCUGAAUUUUUUACUAAAUGCCCGCAUUUGUGUGGCCAACAGUGGCCCACUAUCAGGCAUACCGCCGACACUUCUUUCGCCGACCGCUUUUCACGGAUCAACUCUACAAUCGUUAAAAGURAAGCAAACGGUCUCUGAAAUUGGCGACAAUCAGUCAUACAACUGYCUGGAAGUGUCGGGUCCUAUACUACCAAACUGUAUGAACGGUUUGAUAAAUUUAAUGAAAGAAACGCACGACUCAUUUAAGGCAUCGUUUGCUACAUAUGAGCCGACACAGGCUUUCAGUUCGGUAAUGGUGUCCAAAGAGCCUAACGUGACGUCGCGUGCGUUUGCCAUCGAAAAUCUCAAAGACUGCGGACUCGACAAACAAUUUCUUUCAAAUGUCUGCUCCGAUGACUGUCGGGCCAGUGAACCGAUUAAUAAAUUAAUUGUCAAAAACUCUAUAGUUUUAUACAACCAAAAUUUUUAAUGAUAAUUUUUUAUUAUUAAAAUUUAGACAUAAUUUA